AUGGCUCGAGAACGUGUCUCCCCCCGUCUAUGGGUCUCUCAUCAACAAGCUCAGAACUGGGACCCCCUCCAGCCUGGUUCAACGAGACCUGGCACAACGAUCCCGAGAUUCGACGCUUCCUGUGUGAGGACGAGGUUCCUCACGACCAAGUGCAUUCAGCAUUUCGCGCAACUCACCACACCCCCGCUACCAACCCGACACUACCAUCAACCCACAUCCUUCCCCCUCUCCUGUUACCCCGGGGUCCUGCCACAACCGGCGGUUACAGCUCCUUCCCUCAACCAUCUCGAGGAGCCGGCACGCUCCCCAUCGCUAAACACCAUGCCCGACACAAUUGUUCACUUCAAUGAAAAGGGCCAGGUUGUGACCUCAGCCCAAAAGCCGGCAAUCUCCCCAUCGCUGAACACUAUUCCUGACACAGUUGUUCAGUUCAAUGAAAAGGGCCAGGUUGUGACCUCAGCCGCAAAGUUGACAAGCUCCCCAUCGCUGAACACCAUUCCUGACACAGUUGUUCAGGUUGUGACCUCAGCCCAAAAGCGAGCUUUCUUCCCUGAUGGCACGGGGCCUCAGCGCCCGGCUAAGCGAGCUAAACUCGAGCCAGAGGGCUCUGCAACAAAACGCAAGCGGCCAGAGGACACCAACGAGGACGACGAAUGGGACUCUGAUCCACCCACCUCGCCUGAAUAUAGGAUUUCCAGUGCAAGUGAUGAUGAUGAUAGCGACACCAGCGGUUCUCCUUCCUCGCCAUGGGUGAAGCGAGUAAAGGGGACUGCUUUGCAUCCCUCGGUCAAGAACGGCCGCUCACUUAAGCCCAAAGGCAAAAGAGCCAGAAAGAAGAAGAAGAAGACAUGGGAUUCGGAUAGGUCAAUGUCUGAGCCAAGUGACCUCGACUACGAGAGCGACGAAGAAUACUUCAUUCCGACAGGAGAGCGUGACGAGCUGCUCAAUAAUAAACUGACCCGAGAAAGGGCAAAGCGCCUACUUGAUGCAGUGGAACUCCCGCAAGGCCAUGACCUGUCACCAGACGUACAGCAGACUGCCCAUCAACUUCUUACUCGUGGCUGCUUGCCAACCAUCCAUAGACACUGGGAGAAAGAUUUCUCUACCCUUCCAGAGUCGCUGUUCUUUUCUGGGAAAGGUGAUGAGACUCAGCGUAAGGAAUCUAACUUCGUCCUUGAAAAUGAUAAGGGCUCCGAAUUUUACGCGAUCCGUGCAUUUCAAGAGCUUUUAAAGAUAUGUGGCAAUGUGAGGGAUUACUGCAAUAUCCUUGACAUCUGCCCUGGAAUCUAUAUCAAGAAAUCAAUAGAGAAAUACCUUCGCUGGGCAUUGACCGAUGCCGGUGUCAGAGUCCAGCCGGACACACCUCCUGUGCACGUCAUCUAUUGCAAACAUCAGGACGAAGAGCCAAAAGAAGCCUUUAGCAAAGUUGCCAAAGCAUUGGAGAGCCUAUUGAAUACCUGGCAGGGCCAACUCGCUGCCCCCCAUGACGGCGAAGAAGGCUGGCCGGCAUUGAUUGGAUUCGUUCUCUGUGGACCUGUUCUUUCUGUCAUCUGUCUGGACACCAAUCCCCAUCCGCAAACCAUAACACAAGGGAUCAAGUUCCUUGGCCAUUUCGACCUUUCCGAUUUUGAUCAAGAUGUCUGGAACACCCUGGCUAUCGCGAUCCUCGUCAUGCACAUCAAAAGGGCCGUGGCCAAACUCGCAAAGGCCUACGGUGACAGGUUUGUAGCCUCGCUCAUUGAUAAUCCUGCCAUGGGUUCCCCAGAUCCUGAUCGUUAA